AUGAAGCUAACUCCAACUACUACGAGAACUUUGAACAAUGGUGUCAAGGACCCACUUAUGGGAUUCGGUCUUUACCAAACUCCAAAAGAAACCGCGGGAACUAUAGUAUACGAGGCCUUGAAGGCCGGCUACCGUCGUAUUGACAGUGCCGAAAUGUAUGAAAACGAGGCCGAGAGUGUGGAGGGUAUUGCCAAAUUUCUGAAGGACUAUCCUCAAGUUUCUAGGUCCGACAUCUUCUACACGACUAAGUUGAACAUAAACGUUCACGGAACAGAAAUAUCCAGAAAGGCCAUUCAAGAGUCAUUGGACAAGGCCAAAAGCAUCGGUUACGUUGACUUGUUUUUGAUCCAUCAACCAGUUAGCGGAACCGAAAAGAGACUCCAAGCUUAUGGUGCAUUGCAGGAGUUCUACGAGGCGAAGAAAAUUCGAGCAAUCGGAGUUUCCAAUUAUAGCAUUAAGCACCUGGAAGAGCUUUUCAACUGGGAAGGGUACAAAGUGAAGCCAGCCGUCAACCAGAUCGAAGCUAGUCCGUGGCUAACAAGAAAGGAUUUGCAUGCGUAUUGCGACAAGGAAGGUAUCGCCGUUGAAACAUUCUCGCCUAUCACAAGAGGCAGAAAGCUGGGUGACCCCAACGUUGCCAAGGUUUUGAAGAACCAUCCUGGACACACUGCAGCACAGGUUCUAUUGAGAUGGCAGCUUCAAAUGGGGUUUCUUCCUGCUGUUAAGACCGUUCACAAGGAAAGAUUGGCGGAGAACUUGGGCGCCUUCGACCUAGAGCUUUCUGAGGAUGAGAUGAACACUCUUACAAAUCACGAGGACCAUUUCCUCGCUCAACCCGGUUUCGACCCAGUCACCAAAUGCGAUUGA